GCCUGGUGAAUUUCAGGACGGGAGAAUGGGAAAAAAACGGCUGGAAUCGUGAGCGGAGUCGGACAUCCUCAGCCUCUGCUCCCAUUCCCAUCCGCACCGGCUGCCGACGCUCGGGAAAAGUUCGGGAGCAGCAUUUCGUUUGAGGAAUGGCGAGGGUCGGUGUCUUUCUGCUGUUCCUAAGCUUCCUGGAGCUCAUCCAUCGAACCAGCGGGGUCAACAUUGUAUCUUCAAGCAGUGAUGUUGAAGUGAACGAGUUCGAAACGGCAACCCUGCGCUGCGAUUACAUCUUGGAAAAGGACACCAAGGCACGUCUGGAGUGGAAGAUGAUCAAAGGCAAACACAUCUCCUUCGUCUACUUUGAUGGAGCUCUUGUGGAUAAAUACAAGGACCGGGCGACCAUGAGUGGCUCCAGCAUCGUGCUGCGCAGGGUUACCCGGGCGGACACUGCCACUUACCGGUGCGAAGUGACCGCCACGAAGGACACGAGAAUCUUCGCCGAGGUCUCCUUCAAGCUUAUUGUCCUGGUCCCGCCAGCCAUUCCCACCUGUAAGGUUCCGAGCUCAGCGAUGUCCGGCUCAGAGGUCAAACUGGUCUGCGAGGAGACCGAGGGUUCCCCGCCCUCCGAGUACACCUGGUACAAAGACAACAGGGUUCUCCUGGAAACUCCGGCCAAGGACUCAACUGCAAACAACGUAUCCUACGUCGUGAACCGGAAGACAGGGAUACUGAUGUUUAACCCGGUGAGAAAGAGCAACAGUGGCUCGUACUUCUGCGAGGCUCAUAACAAAGUUGGCCGGUCGCAGAGAUGUUCCGUCAAGUUCAUGCAGAUCAAUGACCUCAACGUCAGCGCCAUUGUCAUCGCCGUGGUGAUCGUCACCUUUGUGCUGUUACUGUGUGGUCUCGGACUCUGCUAUGCUCGUAGGAGGGGCUACUUGGGAAAGAGACGAUCAACCACGUCAAAUGGAGCCAACCGCACUAACACUCCAGCUGCUACUGAAGACUUCAAACAUACCAAGUCUUUUGUCAUCUGACAGCAAGUGAAGAAUGGUGCAUCUGUGAAGAAUUCCAAACCACUUCUCAAAUCUGUAAAGAAUUAUUGCAUUCAGGACAAUGGGGUAGAUGUUGACUCUAUUCCUUCCAUUCUGCCCUCCAGCAUCUCCCUGAAUUCCUUUCCCGCCUUUAGUGGCCCUACCUUCAGCUGCCAGGGCCCAGAGGUAUGGAUUUCCCUCCCCGAACCCGUGGGCAUCAAUAUAAGCUGCCGUGAUAUCUGGUCUAGUUUAAUGGCAGUUUCUGUCAGAGCAGGCUCACUUGUGUUUACUGUAAGGUGAUGUACGACUGUUUACAAUAUUAAUUGCCAAUCAAAAGCAUUUUAAAUACCUGAUGCUUGACAUUGACAGGAAUUAAAAAUCAAGAGAGAUGUAAUCUUGGCUGCCAACUCAUUUUCCCCCAUUUUUGUCAUAGAGUCAUAAAGUAAUACAGCACAAAAACAGGCCCUUCAGCCCAACUCGUCCAUGCUGACUGUGUCUGCCCGCGUUUGGCCCAGAGCCCUCUGAACCUCUCCCAUCCACGUAAACCGAACAGAAUAGAUCUGCCCCAGUGAUAUACAGCCCAUCCCCUGGUAACGAACAGCUUCCAUUUUUACAGACAUCCAUUGGUCAAUUUUGUCCGUAAAUUGGAAGAUACUCAAAAAAUCACCACACGUCCACAGUAUUGUAGUGAAUGGCAUCAAAAGCAUAUAAAACUGAUAAGAAAGAACAAUUACUAAAAGACGAGAGAGAGAGGAAACUAGUUCUGCCGUUUGUAGGAAUGACUGUCCCUACAUAUGUCGGACUUUUGAAUUUAAUAUUAUGGGAGCUCAUUUAUAUGUACAGGUGACCAUAAGUCGGGUGUUUGCAACCCAGGGAUGACCUGUACUCAUAAGUAGCUUUGAAUGAACUGAAUACUUCACUGUGAGUGAUCUUUGCAGAAUGACUGGUUCAUAUCCUCGCAUAUAACUCUGCCAAUUAAUAAAAGGCAACUCCCACAGUGCCACACUCCUCUAAACGGUGUCCUGGCGCACAAGGAAAAGGGAUUUUUUUUUUCUGAAUAGUGACAAAACUGCAAGUGCUGGAAAUCUGAUGAGAGUCGGGAGCUGGGAUUUGCCAUUUACCUGAACUUUCACCAUUUUCCUGCUAACAUUCAUCUCCCAACCGGCAUCAGCAGAAGAUCAUCACAUUGCAGUUUGUGGGACCUUACUGUGUGUAUUGGCUGCAACAUUUCCUGUAUUCCAACAUAGGCUGUGAAGCAUUUAGGGGUGUCCUGAGCACAUGAAAGGUGCUAUAUAAAUGCAGGUUGUCUCUUCCAUUAGCCACAUGACAUCGGCUGAUAUAAAUCAGUCUCAUUAAACAGGGUUGUCGAUGACCCCUUAUAAUCCAGCCUUCAAAACCCAGAUAGCAUGUCAUUUAGAACAUAGAACAGUACAGCAUAGGAACAGGCCCUUCGGCUCAUGAUAUCUGUGCCAAACAUGAUGCUGAAUUAAACUAAUUCUUGUCUGCCUGCACAUGAUCCAUAUCCUUGCAUUCCCUGCAUAUUCAUGUGUUUAUUAACAGCCUUUUAAACACCACUGUCGUACCUGCUUCCACCACUCCCUCUGGCAGCUCAUGACAGAUGCGCACCACUCUGUCUUUAUAUUUUAAAAAAAAACUUGCCCUGCACAUCUCCUUUAAACUUUCCCCCUCUCACCUAAUGCAUGUCCUCUAGUACUUGACAUUUCUACCCUGGGGGGAAAAGUUCUGACUGUCUACCCGAUCUAAGCCUCUCAUAAUUUUAUAAACUUCUAUCAGGUCUCCCUUCAGACUCCGACACUCCAGAGAAAACAACCCCAGUUUGUCCAACCCCUCCUAAAUGAUCAUACCCUCUAAUCCAGGCAGCAUCCUGUAAACCACUUCUGCACCCAUUGCAAAGCCUCCACAGCCUUCCUGUAAUGGUGUGACCAGAACUCUACUCAAUACUCCAAGUGCAGCCUAACAAAAGUUUUAUAUAACUGCAACAUGACUUCCUGACUCUCAUACUCAAUUCCCCAACCAAUGAAGGCAAGUGUGCCGUAUGCCGCCUUUACCACUCUAUCUACUUGCGUGGCUGCUUUCAGUGAGAAAUACUUCCAUUGUUUUGAUGUUUAUUUAAAUCCAUGCCCCACAUUCAUUCUCAAUUCUGGUCAAUCCACCUGUAAAGAUAAACGCCUGUGUUUGUACACUGGCAGUUUUCAAAUAGUGGAAACAGUGGCAGCCAAUUUGAGCACAGUGUGCAAUAUUGACCAGAUAAUCUGUCCCUGUGAGGUAGUUUAAGUGGUAAGUAUUUGCCAGAUCCAUCAAAGAGGGUGAUGGCACCUCUGUCUAAUGUCUCACCCAAGCACAGCAACGCUGGAAUUCUGUGUGACUGAUCCUGAAAACCCAGUCUUGCUGUUUGUAGAGAGGGUAGAACCCACAACAGUGAGGCAACAUAGUAAGAACAACUAUGUCCUCCAAAGUCCCCCAGCCUCGAACUUUUCGAAAAGUCUCAUGUGAUCUAUCUUCAAGUGUCAUGACAUCUGAAUUGUAUAUUUUGUUUUCCUAUAAACCUAUUGAUUCACAAACAAGUUAAAAGUCACAGAACACCAAGGAACAUUUUGUUUCUAACAAUGAUACUAGAUGGGAAAGACCGCAUGUGGGGAAAUGCGAAAUCCUUCACUUUGAAUUUUAGAGACAAUUUUGUUAAUUUUUUACCAUAUAUAGUGACAAAGCUGUGGAUAAUUUGCACAAAUCAUUGAAUGCUAAUGCACAGGUGCAAAAAUGAAACAAAAAAAGCCAGUAAAGCAUUAUUUUUUUAUCUCAAAGUGGGGUGCGUGAAUUCAGGAGUGUUGCUUUGAUUGGACAGAGCCUUAAACAGAUUCCAUAUAGAGUCCAGAUGAAGGAUCUCGACCCGAAACGUCGACUGUCCAUUGCCCUCCACGGAUGCUGCCUGACCCGCUGAGUUCCUCCAGCAUCUCGUUAUUUGCUCUAUGUAGAUACUGCGACCAAUUUUGGACGACAUUGGAUUUCUAAGAAUGACACAGGGCUUAAAUGGUUGCAUAAAUUUAGUUUGUAUUUGCCUAAGUGGGUUAAAAGAAUGUUAUGAGAUGGUUCAAAAUGUAAAAGGAGUGUGAUGGAGAGCUACGGACCAUUCCCUUUUAUUUCUAGGUGCAUGGGAAUCAAAAAUUAAGAAUACAGAUAGAUUAUUCAGGAUGGAAUGUGUUUGCAGAUGGUUGGUGGUAAGAAUCUCAGAAUCUGAUUUAUUAUCACUGUCUUAUAAUGUGAAAUUUGUUGUUUUGCAGAAUGCUGGGUGAAUUGUGGUUUUGAGGGCAGAAGUUAAUUUUUAGGAGUUGGGAAAUGGGGCAAAGGGUAAAUCAUUGAACAAUGGACAGGCUUAAGAGGCUGAAUGGGCUACGCAUAUUACAUUAAAGCUCUCACCCUAUUAUUUGGCUGAAUUGUAGAUCAAUAGCUACGGAUGUUGAAGCCAGGUACUUGAAUCUGGACUGGCAUUGGAUCACUCUUGUACCUAUCCUGUAUGGAAAUGUUCUAUUGUCUGCUUCUGAUAACCACCGUCACAUUUUGCAGAAGUUCUUAAUUUUGUCUCUCAACCUCCAUGACUGCCAUAAAUUGUACAGAUGUGAUUUCUAAUUGACCGUAACCUAUAUGUGAGAUCAAAGGCAGGGACAUCUUGUGUUGGGUGUAUCCCAAGGUUAUCAACAGCUUGUAUUAUCUUUUUGGAAUCCUGAUGUCCCAUUGGUAUAUGAGAAUUUUUCAGUUUUUGCAGUGGCCCUUGAAUGUAUCAGUGUUGGCAAUGAUCCUGCCCUGAAACAGAACAAUAUUCCCAAGAGAAAUCUCCACAGUAUCAGUAUUCACAGGGAUUCUCAGAAAUAUCAGUAUUUACAGGGAAGACCCCUAGAAUGUAACACUAUGUCCAGAGGGCCCCUAGGAAUUGACAAGGAGAAUCCUUCAGAAGUAUCAGUAUUUGCAUAUAGUUCCCCAGGAUUAAGAGUAUUUGUUUUUUAUAUAUCUGAGUGAGCUCGGAUAUAUGCAAGUAUCUACAGGAGAAUUGUCAGUAUUUGCAGAGGUAUCUACACUGCAAAAUUCAAACCUUUGUAAUGAUAGGUUUCUUAUAUGGGUCCUUCAACAAAUUGCCUGUCAUUUUUAUUUAAUGCAGGUGGGUCUUGUAUAUUUCCAACAUUUUCUCCAUUUUAUUAAAUAAGAACUAUUUGAAUGCAAGCCCCUUUUAUAUUUUAGGUGUUUGGGGUUAUGUAACUUGAAAUUGAGAUAACUUAUGUUGCUGUGCAUAAUACUUAACAGUUUUAAAAAAAAUUUAGAAGCACAUCUUGCAUUUUAACUUGAUGUUUAUCUGCUAAUGAACUCAUUGACCUUAUUUCGAACCUACUGUACCCUUUGACACUUGUUUUUCUCUUUAACACAAAUUAAACUCUUAUCUGGAACUUCCAGAUGUUGGUCACUGUGUGAA